AUGCGACCAGUGACAAUGAGAGGAGGCCAACACAGGUAUAGUGGAAACCAAGGUCAUCCAUUACGUCUGAAUCGGCUGUUUUAUGGCGACUCGAUGGGGAAGGCAAUGGUGGUCCACAGCUCAUCGAGCAAGUGGACAAGCAUAAUGCGUCCACACUCGCAAAGCAAAAAUCCACAGAAGCUUGAAUAUAAGAUAGGUUCCGUGGGCUUGGGUAUAAAACAGAAGAUCUGUGGACUCGAACCUCCUACUCUCCCGCCUCAAUCCUUGGUGUCUUCUAAAGUCGACACAGUCCCACUUAAACUCUAUAACAUAAAAGUUGUCCAAUUUUGGCGAGGCGAGAAAGAGUCCCUGCGGCUCUAUCCCCUCCACUGGGAGAUCUACGUUGAAACCAGUAACCAAACGACCUACGCCAUCGAUAUCAGAUUCAACCAGCGUCUCGAAAAAUCGGAGGACUGGCGUGGAAGUUAUUCCGUAGGAAGCGUAAGCUCGACGGAGCUCGCCGAAAUGGAGACAAUCCUCCAAAGAGUUGACAUCAUACACAAUCUUCCCGGCUGGAACAGCCAAGAUUGGGUAGACGACGCUCUCAGAUAUCUCAAGUGUUGGGGUUUUUCUGACAUCAUCGGAGAAUUGGAGUUGGCGAAUCUACAAGACAGAAUGUGUUGGCUGCUGGAGUCUUGGCCCGGGAUUCAGAACGCGGUGGAAUUUGUUGGUGACUCGGAGGGUCUGGCUGCUGUCCCAGACUCGGAUGCCUCGCCCCUUAUAUCUCAGAGAGAGUGCGAACUAGUACUCAUCUCUGGUUCACCUCUACCAGUGCAGCG